CCAUGACAAUCGGUCCAUAAAUUGUCACUUGCUAGGGGGUUACAAUAAUCUGUUCUGUUCAACAUUCGUGGUUCAUCAUACAAACUAGUCAUGACAGUAUGAAAUUUACAAAAUAUUAUAAUUGACUUAUGUUUUAAAUAGCCAAUCAUCGAAAAUUCAACAGAAAUGGCUCCUAAAAAGAAAGCUUACAAUGGCUAUGCUGUAUUUAUGAUGGAGACUCGGCAGAAAUUAAUAAGUCAAGGGACUAAAGUAAGCAUGGCUGAUAUGUCAGAGUAUUGCAAAAAAGAUUGGGAAAAUAUGUCUGAUGAGAUGAAAGAAAAGUAUAAGUUAAAAGGCAAGCAGAUGAAAUCUGAUUCAAAUGUAGGCAAAUACACUUCAAUUGGUGAAAAAAUAGAUGACGUUCAAAAACAAUCAGAUGAUAGUAGAUCACAAACCAAUGUUAUGUACUCAUAUAUAGAUGUAUUGCUUGACAUGCAACCAGCCACCUAUUAUCUUCCCAAGCAAAAGUUCAUUUUGAUUCAUAUAAACUCUUAUACAUGCGAGAAAGAAGGAUUUUAUUUCCCUGCUGAGAUAUCAAUGGCCGAGUUUUCUUUAGAAAAAGGCUUGAUACGCAUGUUUCAUCAGUUAAUUGGAUUUGAUCAAGUCAGAACAAAUGCUCCAUAUGCUCCUACGGCAGAUAUUAACAAUCAUGCUGCUAACAAUCAUAAAAUUAACACAUUCUCAAAGUUUCCCAAUAAUUAUUCAGAAAUAUUCUUAAAAGUGAUUAGUUUCAUCAUGAACAAAGAAGUUGAUGAAGCUGUUCUAAAUGACUUAUCAUUAGACAUGCCACCAGUCUAUACUGCACAUACACCUAUUGAAAAUGAACUAAUGAUUACUAGUGCAAGUUUAUUUAAGUUAUUUGAAAGUGCAGUGAAGAAUGCUGAAAGAACUGAUUUUAAUAAUAUUUUAAGAGUUUACCAUUUAGAUAAACUAUUUAUGAAUCUGAAAAAUGCAUGUCAUAAAGUUAAACAUCCAGGUACAGAAGAUUUAGCUUUACCUUCUGUUGCUAUGGCCACUGAUAGUUUGUCAAAAGAUGUGUUAACUACAAUCAUAACAGUUGGUUGUAAUUUUCAUGAAAAACUUGAACACACUUAUAUUUGUAGUAACUAUUUUGUAUGUAAGUGGAUUAAUAUUUUAUCAGCCCAUUGUUGUCGCUAUUUUGAUAUUAAACUUGAAUCUGGUUAUCAUUWUGAUUUUGAUUUAUCUAAAACAGAAAUUCCAGUCGAAGAACAAUUCGAUAAAAUUAAAAUUUCCAAAUUUGCUUUAAAUUUUGAUGAUAGUAAAAUAAAUGUAUCAAAAACUUUAGCGCCCAAUAGUUUUCCGGCACUUGAAUCUAAAAUAUCAACUUUUGCUCCAACACCAACAUGGAAUAAGCCAGUACAUAAGGCAAAUAUCAAAACGACAGCAAGUAAAGAGGACAACUUUCCUCCACUUACUAUUUCAAAAAAUGUUCAAAAUAAUCCUCCUGUAUCUGUAAUAAAUAGCUGGGGUAAGAAUACAAGUCAUGGCAGAGGUAUUACUAGCCAGUUAAAUGAAAAUUCAGGGAAACCACCUAAGGAAAGAGGACUUUCUAUUAAUAGAAAUAAAUAGUGCAGACAUAAUAGUUAUUACAUCAUUCAAUACUAUAGAUAUUAAGAAACUUGUACAACAAAAUGUAUUAAUAUUGUUCAACUACAAAAAAUGUAUUAUUAUUAGUAAAC